AUGCCUGUCCUAUCUAACUUUUCUAUCCCUCGCAAGUCAACUGGUGCAGAAAGUGAAAACUUGAUUCCAUUGAUCCCACCAAGUCCUACUGAUGAAGAGGAGAACCAAGACCUUCUGCGCGAGUUCACCUGCAAGCGCAACCCCGACCAAAAGAGGAGCGCAACCUACACCCUGAAGAUUCCUCCCUUAAAGAAUCCCAAGCCAGAAAAGCUUUUCGAAAUUCUUGAACUUGUCGAAGAAGCCUGGAAGGGACAAGUGAUUGUAACCGCAGAAGACUGGUCUCAUUUCCUCAAGCAACUCAUGGGUGAAUCCAAAAGAACCACCUUUCGAAACGCCCUACCCAACGACGGAACCAUCACUGAUGCCAAUCUUGAACGAGCCAUAAAUAUUCUUAAAAAGACCAUUUUCCCGCAAAAUGCCGUGCGACUACAGAAGAAAGCGCUACGUGGCAAAGGUUUUUGCAAGCGUCUGGACAUGAGCGUACGAGAACACGUUUCAAUACUUCAAACGAUUAACCGAUUGAUUUCCCAAUUUCCACCUGGCAAUGCCUACAAAAAUGCUGCAUUCGAUUUUCAUAAUCUAGAUCUUAUUCUACCUCGUCAAUUGGAAUCAAGAAUCCACCGAUUCAUAUGUUUUGUCUUCGCUGCGCCCCAAAAAGAAACGCAGGAUCACGAUGUUAACCCCUAUUCUCCAUAUUAG